GGGCACCUUUGAAAGUGAAAGUGGGGUUAUUUUGAUUCACCGCUGGCAACACCAUUUUCAAGUGACAGCGAUUGCAGCGCCCGAUGUGCAGAAAGUAGAACAGUAGAAGUACUCGAAAUAAGUGGAAAAGAAACCAAAUAUGAGAAAUUACAAGAGGAAAACCGAAAGAGCAAAUAUCAAUGAAGGAGAUAUUCUGGAAGCAUUGGGGAACGUUCAAAAGCGAAGGAUGACCCUAAAGGAAGCAUCACUCCACUACGGCAUCAAAUACUCCACGCUCUGUUUUCGCUUGAAAAGAGUGAAGGCCGAAAUGGGGCCACUAUUUGAUGACCAGGAUAUAACUCUCAGAAUGGGAAUGAAAAACAGAGAGAAACUAUCCAAAAAUGCUUCGCGUCAGGUGUUUCUACAACAUGAAGAAAAUGCUUUAGUCGAGUACCUCCUUACGUACUCCAAAUUGUGUUAUGGCCUAACUAUGAACACUUUGAGAGAUCUAGCUUAUCAAUUCGCAGUUAGUCUGAAUCGGAAAUUCCCGGACAAUUGGGCAGAAAACCGAAAAGCUGGCAAGGAUUGGGCUAUGCGAUUCCUCAAGAGGCACAGAACGAUUUCUCUAAGGAAACCAGAAGACACAUCCGCGGUAGGGAGCACCGUUUUCAACAGGACAAAUCUUAAAUCUUAUUACGAAAGCCUGCAGACAGUAAUGCAGCAGCAUAAUGUUGACCCAUCUAGAAUAUGGAAACUCAGUACAGUGGACCUCAGUACCAUGCUUCAAGCGACCGAAUGUGUGUCCAAGGAAAAGGAGGACAAUGUGAGCAUUGUGGUAAUUGUAAAUGCAUCAGGAGACUACAUGCCGCCAGUUUAUAUCUUUCCGAGAAAUGAGACCCAAAUGGAGAAUAUAGAAGGCGUUCCGGACAACGCAAUCACCCUUUUCAAUGAGAACGGUCGUAUGAAUUCAGAGGAAUUCCUGAGAACUCUGGAGAACAUCAAAGAUCAUACUGCACCAUCGAAGAAGCAUCCUAUUAUUCUCCUUCUGGACCAGGCGUCAUAUUUGACCAUUGAUGCCCUCAAAAUGUGUCUUGAAUGUGGUAUCCACAUAGUGUCCUUGCCUCCUCAGACCAGACAUGAGACCCAAUCACUCGAGCUCACAGUUUCCGAUCUGUUUAAAGCCUACUGUGAGGAGACCUUCAACACUUGGCUUACUCAGAAUCUUCAACAUCCCAUUACCUUGCGCAAUAUCGUGGACAUUUCAUCCAACUCAAUUUCCAGGAGCUUCUCCAGACAAAAUAUUGUAUCGGACUUUGCCAAAACCGGUGUUUACCCAUUGGACAGGUCAAAGAUUUUCAAAGAUCUCGAAUCUGACACUACCUUCUACGAACUAAAUCACUGCGAUAUGCGAGACUACUGUCGUGCUUGCGAAAAUAAGAUUCAACCUGAGUAUCAGAUAUCCAUCUUCACUACAGCCAAGCUCCUUGAAAUCUUCAUGGAAACCACAUCCCUGGACAUCCACGAAAACGACGGGCUACCUAAAAUACUUUGCUCCACCUGCUACGAUCAUCUCUUGGAAGCCUACAACUUCCGGAAAAUGUGUUCCGCUGCAGCUCUACGAUUCCAAAAAAUGCUAUCAGGGAAUCCUAAGGAGAAUGCCACUCUCCCUGGAGAGUUUACCAAUGUUCAGUUUGUGGAUCCAACUCUGUUGGAUAUAAAGAUAGAGACAGAUUCAAACUGCUCUCUGGACAUUGAUAAUGAAUUCCCAGAUACUAGUGAUGAUUUUACGAAUGAGGAAAACGUUUUUCCGGAAAAACUGAGUGGAGUUUCAAUGGCUACGGAGACGGAACUGGAUUCAGACGCUUCAAACACUUUUCCUGGAACUUCAUACUGCCCUCCGGACGGGGAGAAUUCUUCAGUUAAAAGUACAAACUAUCCAUCAGGACAAAAUAUUCAAAAAGAUCUUGUUGAUGAUCUAUCCUUAAAAUCCGGAACUGGACAGCCCCAGACGAUACUGAAAAACGUAAAGGAAGCUUCAGGGUUACAGAAGAGGAAGGAACAGAUGUCUUUCUGUGGAUUGUACCCCGAGAAACUUGCUAAACAGGGGAGUUUCAUUCAUAAUGUGGAGAAAGUUAAUCCGGGAAUUCAGUAUUUCCAUCGUCCGGACAGUGGAACAUCAUUUGAAACAUCGGGGUGUGUUAGCGAUCAUUAUAAUGAUCCCCAAAAAUCAGAAGGCUCAUGCCUGCAGCAAAAGGGACAAAAGAUUCAUCCUACUACGAAACUUUGAAGUUCGCAUGAAUACUAAUGCUAAGGUCAACUAUGAUUAUUAAUUGGAUCUGGGACGAUUUCUCAGAAUCGUAUUUGAUGUUCUGAAAUUACUAGAUGAAUUUCGGUCAAUAGGUUGAUUUAAUGAUAAUUGAAACACGGAAAUGACCUUUGGUUUCUUCUCCUUUACUUUCUCAAACCGACGUUUCGGAGGGGAUUUCCGGGAAAGACUCUUUGUUGAGAAUCCGAUGAGAAGAGUGUCCAGUGGAAAAAGUCCAAAACGCAGUAACAAAAACCUUAGUGACAAGAUCUUUCCCAAUUAUUUCCAUACCUGAGGAAGGAGGAAAUCCCCUCCGAAACGUCGGUUUGGGAAAGUAAAGGAGAAGAAACAAAAGGUCAUUUCCGAAGUUCUGAAAUUACUUAAUUAUUGCUAUAUGUCCUAAAAAAUGUAUCGCACGUAGUGAGAAUAGGGCUACUAUAGUCAUGACUAGAAGCACUUCAGAAUUGCACCCCAGCGUGAUUCCCUAAAAGUCCCUCAGUGAGAAAUUUUCGUACAAAAACGUUUAGUGGGUUGGAUUUUAUUUGGUUUAUUUAUUAAAUAAGCUUC